UCAUGGCUCGGCUAGUUUCUCGGCGUUAGGCCGAAGAUGGCGCAACGGCCCCUGUUGGCUCAUCACCCGCUCUCAAAGCUUAAGCUAAUGCUGCUGCUGCUCUCCCUCGCGCUCUUUCUUCAGCUCUCGGCAUCCGAGAUCUUCUUUGAAGAGCGAUUCGACGAUGGUUGGGAGAAUCGUUGGGUAAAAUCAGACUGGAAAAGGAGUGAAGGAAAAGCUGGUACUUUUAAGCAUACAGCAGGAAAGUGGCCUGGUGAUCCAGAUGACAAAGGAAUACAAACAUACACAGAUGCCAAGCAUUUUGCAAUAUCUGCAAAAUUUCCAGAAUUUAGUAACAAGAACAGGACACUGGUGGUCCAAUACUCUCUCAGGUUUGAGCAGGACAUUGAAUGUGGUGGAGGUUAUAUCAAGCUUCUUUCUGGAUAUGUCAAUCAGAAAAAAUUUGGUGGGGAUGCUCCGUACAGUUUAAUGUUUGGGCCUGACAUCUGUGGCACACAGACGAAGAAGCUCCAUCUAAUCCUUUCCUACCAGGGGCAAAAUUAUCCUAUCAAAAAAGAUUUAGAAUGUGAGACUGACAAGCUAACACAUGUGUACACAUUCAUUCUUAGACCUGAUGCCUCUUUUAGUCUUCUUGUUGACAACCGAGAAAGAGAAUCUGGGAGCAUGUAUACUGACUGGGAUAUACUUCCACCUCGAAAGAUUAAAGACACUAAUGCUAAGAAGCCCAAAAACUGGGAUGACAGGGAAUACAUUGAGGACCCAGAUGAUGUUAAACCAGAGGGAUAUGAUUCAAUUCCAAAAGAAAUUCCUGAUCCAAAGGCAAAAAAGCCUGGCACAUGGGAUGAUGAUGAUGAUGGAAUAUGGAGACCACCAAAAAUACCAAAUCCAGCUUACAAGGGACCAUGGAAACGCAAGAAGAUCAAGAACCCAAAUUACAAAGGAAAAUGGAAGACCCCAUGGAUUGAUAAUCCUGAGUUUGAAGAUGACCCAGAUCUCUAUGUGCUGAAGCCUUUAAAAUAUAUUGGUAUUGAAGUAUGGCAGGUAAAGGCCGGUUCAGUAUUUGACAACAUCUUGAUAUGUGAUGAUCCAGAUUAUGCAAAGGAGGUUGCACAUGAGACUGUUCUUAAGAAUAGAGAGAUCGAGAAGGAGGCCUUUGAGGAAGCAGAGAAAGUAAGGAAUGCUAAAGAAGAAGAGGAUGCUCAAAAGGCAAGAGAGGAAGGUGAGAAUAGGAAAAGAGAGAGGGGACACGAUCGACAUUACCAUGACAGGGAGAGAUACAAGGAUAGGUACAAAAGGCGUCAUCAUAGAGAUUACCUAGAUGAUGAUUAUCAUGAUGAACUAUAAAACCAUGCAUCAAUUCAUGGAAAGGAGUUUGGUAUUGUUACUGGGUGAAGUGACUGCUGGAAAUGAUGAUGAAUGUUCUCUAAACAAAUAUUAUGUUGGAAGUUUUGAACUCAAUAAAAUUUCUGUCCUUGAAAUGGAUGACAGUUCAUGUGGACUUAUCUAUAUCAAGUUCAUGUGAUGUAUGGAUGACAAAGGCUGAUUUUAUGACACUAGUUAAUCUUGCCUAGAUUAUUCAA